GAGUACGAUAAUCUGGCAACGGUGCGCUCGGGUACUCUCGCCGGCCCCGAUCAUCAGCUGGCAGGAUCGCCAUAUUGACUACCCGGCUGUACCGUCCCCGAAGUCUCCUCCGAACACCGCCACAAUGCAGGGCCUCAACAUCGCCGGUCUCAAGAAGCACCCCUCCCUGAUCCCUCUGUUUGUGUGCCUGGGUGCUGGGGUGGCCAUGUCCGCCCUCUACACCCUUCGUCUGGCUGUCAGGAACCCCGACGUCACAUGGAAGCACGUGGCCAACCCAGAGCCCCAGAAGGAAUGGGCUGACAAGCAGUACAAGUUCUACUCUCCAGUCAGGGACUACGAUACCUACAGGGCCCCAGUCCCCAAGUAUGAGGAUUAAGCUUUGGUGGACUCCUUUCUUCAUAUUCUUAAUUUAUCUAAAAGAAAAUGUUUAACUCUUAGUAAGUGGAAGAUAAUUCACCAUUAGUGAAUAUAUUGUACCUGGAGGGAAGCGUGUUUUAUUUUAUUUGGUUCAGGGGAAGGUUCAUGUGACCAAGGGACAUGAAAGUCUACUGCAAUGUGAAGAGACAAUAAUUAGUUGUUAGUUUACUGCUUUGUGAUCAGACAAUAAUUAGUUGAUAGUGGAUGUACCAACAUGCAAGGCAGUUGCUUUUAUUUCACUCCACUUUCUUGUCUCCAGAAUACUGAAGUGUAGGGGAAGCACAACACCUGCUUCCCCUCCACACACUUCAGCAUUCCUAAUGUACAGAUAAGUUGUAUAAUAUAUGUGGAUACAAAACAA